CAUCUUGGGAGGAGUGUGUCAACUUGCUUGUCAGAGUAGAAUUGAAGUCAGGAUGGUCCUCUGAAGGCAGUAAUAGUGCAGGAAGUGUCGCGUGGAAGUCACCUUUCUUCUUCUGGGAUGAAAGUCUGGAUGCUGGUGAUGGUGGUGAUGGUGGUGAUGGUGUUGAUGGUGGUGAUGGUGGUGAUGGUCCAGGCUGAAGCUGAGGUGUGUCCUGAUGCCUGCACAUGCUCCAGGAGGUCCAAGACCCAAGUGGACUGUCACAAGAGAGGACUUGACUCUUUCCCCUCUCAGCUGCCUGCAGAUGCUCGCCUGCUCAAACUGGGUGAAAAUGGCAUCACAGAGCUGCAGGCCAACAUUCUGGGUUCAGUUCCAAGGAUUGAAAGUGUCUUUCUGGAACACAAUGCCAUCAAGUCCAUCCAUCGCCAAGCUCUCUGGAGCGCAAAGACCCUGACCCUCCUGAACCUUCACAGUAACCACAUCAAGCAGCUUCCACCAAGGGCAUUCAAGGAUCUGUUAAACCUCCGCUUCCUCAUGUUGGGUCAGAACCAGAUAGGCUCGCUCAAACCCAACAUGUUCAUGGGCAUGAGGAACCUCUCAGAGCUGGAUCUCCCCGACAACGCCCUGACAGAGCUGGCGCCCAAUACCUUCAAACCUCUGAUUGCCCUCAAGGUCUUGGAUCUUUCCCUGAAUCGCAUUCAGAAGAUUUCUCCGAAGGCCUUCACGGGGUUACGACGAGUCAUGUUCCUCAACCUGGACAACAACAGUCUGAGAAGUCUUCCUGCUGGAGCGUUCAAGCCGCUGAGCUCUCUGGAGAUGUUGGUUCUGGACAACAAUCUUCUGGCUUCACUCAGCAACUUCAUGUUGAGUGGCCUGACUGUGCUGCAGGAACUCUACCUGAGGAACAACGAUCUGGAACACCUGCCGGCUGACGUCUUCAAGGACAUGACAAAACUUUCUCAACUGGGGCUGAGUGGAAACCGCCUGAAGGCGCUGGAUGGAAACUUGCUGGCCCAAAUUCCUUCCCUGAAGAAGUUGCACCUCCACAACAAUCCAUGGCUGUGUGACUGCAACGUGGUCCAGUUGGUGCGCUGGAUGAGACACACCAACGUCACCCUGUCACCUCGGGAGGCCUUGAAGUGUCAAAGUCCUCCCGAGUUGCGAAAGAAGACCUUGGGCACCCUCCAGGAAUGGAAGCUGCUUUGCCACACCUGAACUCCUAAUAACGAUUGUUCUUCCUGGCAUAUUGUAUGUUGCCACACCCUGCUCACAUGAAGGCAUCACCACAGUAUUUUCAGCGCAGAGGAAAAGAAGUAAAA